AUGGCUCCCAUCCGCGCCAACCAGAGAUCUACCAACGAUUCUGAAGAUCCUACUGACACCUUGCUUGCUAAGCAUAGUCGUUUGAUCACUCGAAUGAACGAGAUGUUCUGGAGCCCAUCGGACGUUCUUGUUCUCGUAAAGAAGAUCCAUCGUUUGGAUGACGACGCCGAGUUGCGAAUGCGGGAAUCAGCCGAUCCCAGCAAGAAACGUCUGCUUAUCAUAGCAGACAAGAUAUACGAACUCCAACCCAAUUUAGCGGAGUAUUUAUGUCAAAACGGUCGCCCUGGUUCCAUUGCUCUCAGGGACGCAAGGUCACGACUGGCUGUUGGCCAAAGCAAUGGCCGGUCCGAGGACAUGCGUAAGGUUCGGGAGGAGAUGCCAAAGUGGGCCGAUUGCAAGUGGGACCCCCCACUUGGCGAGAAGGGCACCCGUGGGUUGCACCACCCACAGUGUGCAACGUUACUUUCCGACUGUCGUGUGGAUGUCACUGAUGAGUCCGCGAUGGAACAAUUUCGGGCAUUUGGGGUUCCAGCAAUGGAGCACAGCUUUUGGGAGCGCUUCAUGUACCAAGAUGGGGUAGUUGACCCUAACAAUCGUGCAACAGGCUUGCUGCGUAGCAGUUUAUUAGUUAAGUCUGCCAAGUGUGUUCUCCUUUCGCCUGGUGCCUCCCACUCCUACUCCCACGCAGUCUCUCGAGUUGGCUCGAGAGGACGCAGUAGCCACCACAGGGGUUUGAUCGGGAUUGCAAAGUCAUACAGUAUCACCGAAGUCAAUGCAGCAUUCAUUGCCUACAUCUGUGUUGUGACGCGCCAUUCCCUUACAUCCGACGAGCACUUUUCCGAGAUAUGUGCUGGUUUCAACUACCUCGAGUUUUAUAACCAGGUACGCGAGUUCCUCGAGGACCCGAAGUAUCGUCGUUGGUCCAAAGAACUUGUGGAAUGGUGGAACAAAGAAGUUUUCGACGGGGUCCAGUUAGGCGGGCUUGGUGCGGCUGCGCUUGGACGUGAACAUGGCACGCUGUCGAUGUUGGACGCACAACUCGAGACGCAAGACCUGAACGUUGGUAACGGUGGCGUGGAAGGAGUGGCGGCAUAG